AAACACAGCUAACAUCUGAAGAAGAGACCAUCUGCAUGAGACCAGAGUCUUGGAUAUCAUCUGAACCUUAUGAGGCGACUUUACAUGACUCGCCCACAGAGUGCAAUUCUGACAGAACUUUGGAAACAGCAGGUAACCCUCUUGCAGUCACCUCGAUAGAUCCUUUAAUUGAUCUUGGAAGAGUUGAAUCCACAUCGGCCUUAAACACAACUGAACAUUAUGCCUUACUUGAUCUCUCACCUGAGUCUGACACCUGGCCUAAGGACCACAGCCAAUCCACAUCAACUACUGACGCCGAAGCCUUAUUUGUGCUGCCUCGUGGCCAAGACGAAUACUUUUUUGCUGACAUAUUUGACGUUGGUGCUCUAGCCUCCUGUGAAGCUGUGCAAUCUUCAAAUUCUUGUAAACCUGUUAUGUCACCUGAAAUUGAUGACUCGCAGCCCACAACACAACAGAACCAAGAGUCUAAUGCAAGCUCACCUGAAUUCAAAUGUGAAAUUCAGAAUAUUACAGAUGCAGAAACAGGUAGCCCAGACAGUGUUCCUGAGGCUAUGGAGAUGCAGCAUACAGGCGAUCCACACAGCAUUACACAAACAAAUAUCUUCCCAGAUUUGCAUCAAAAACAGGAAGAAAUUGCUCUUAGAGGACAUUUGAAAGUCAAUGUCCAAGUUUGCAAUGACAAUUUAGACUUAAAUGCAUGUAUACUGGACGACCACCAAGAGCCAAAUAUAUUGAAUAAAGCAUGUCAGGAAGAAAUCACUGCUCAGAAAAAUACAGACAACACAACAGUGGAAAAUCUUACGCCUGCGGACCAAUUCCCUUUAAAUUCAAGUACAAUUGUCAAAGAUCCACUUGAAGAAGACACAACAUCUCACCAUGACAAUCACGAUACCCUGUCGAAUGACGAGGAGAAAUUUCAGAGUGUGACUUUACACAAAGAAGCGAUAACGGAUUGCAGGACGUCUACUCACAAUCAAGUCAUUCUUCAAUGUGCAAGCGAUCUGGAUUCUCCAGAGUCCACUCCCUUUACCUGCACAGGUGAUCAGCUGACCAUGAUGGGUUGACUUGUGGGGUGGGAUCAAGAAGUUCCCAGCAAGUUAAGUGAGGGAGAGGCGGAGCUUCCUUCUCAGCCCACUCAUCAGGAUGAUUUCCAUCAGGUGACACUAUCACAACCAGACCUGCCACAGGAGCAACAAGUAAGCUCUGUGACCCCCAGCUCUCCGUCUAGAAAUGUCUUUACCUGUGGAGCCGGUCUGGACGGGGAGGCUUACCUGACCCUAAUGGAGAAAACACCGGAUACUCACAACAUUCCCAAACAUGCAGAAAUGACUCUGGAUCUUUGCAAAGCCUCGGAUGCUCUGCACAACAAUUCAUUUCAUGACCAGAGGGUCACCACAGAUUUGAUAAAUGUGCCUAUAGUUUCUGUGUCGGCCAGAGGAGAUGAGGAACAUUCGGCUCUUCGGGCAGUUUUCCAGGCUUUGGAUCAGGACGGCGAUGGAUUUGUACAUAUCGAGGAGUUUAUUGAGUUUGCUAAAGCAUAUGGAGCUGAACAGGUGAAGGAUCUUACAAGGUUCUUGGAUCCCGGAGGUCUGGGCGUGAUCAGUUUCGAGGAUUUCCACAGAGGCAUCAGCACUAUCAGCGGCGAAGGUUCUGAUCCAGAUCUCUACAAGACUCGGCUCAGUUCAGUGGAAGCCGGUGGACCUCCAGAGGAAUACGAUGAGGCGGAGAUCUCUGACAGUGCCUAUCUCGGCUCAGAAAGUGCCUACAGCGAGUGUGAAACCUUCACAGAUGAAGACACGACAGCUCUGGUCCAUCCAGAACUUCACGAGGAUGUGGAGACAGACAGUGGCAUUGAAAAUACACUGACGGACGGAGAUGAUCGCAACAGGUUCACGCUGGGCUCUGAUCUGAAUGGCCACACCACAGUGGCUGUGAUUGGUGGAGAGGAGGAGCACUUUGAGGAUUUUGGCGAGAGCAACAACGCUUCAGACCUGCUUUUUGCCAAUCAGGAGGAGGGGAGAGUGGCUCCGGAGGGGGAGGGAGAUGCGGAGGCACUCCCACACCCUGACAGUCCACUGCCACGCCCACUGAUGUUGCUGUCACCAAGCCCCAGCUCUUUUCCCGCUAGCUUUCAGAGCUUCCUUCAGUCGGAGGCGCUGGAGUUUUUCUGCACUCACUGUCAUAAGCAGAUCAGUCGUCUGGAGGAUCUGUCCACGCGACUGCAGCUAUUAGAGAUGAAUAGUUCCAGUAAGAGGCUGUCCAGUAAGAAAGCAGCGAGGCAUUUGCAGCAGUGCAGUGCUCUGGAUGGUAUGGGCGAUCUGACUCGAGAUAUUUUGGACCUUGCGGAUCUGGACAUCACUGACAAGGUGUUAUUGCUUGAGAAGCGCGUGUGUGAGCUGGAGACGGAUUCGUCAGAGAGCGAGGAGCAGAUCGCUCGUCUGCGGCAGGAGAAUCUCACUCUGGUUCACCGUGCGAACGCUCUGGAGGAGCAGCUGAAGGAACAGGAACUCCACACGGAGGAUACCUUACACCUGCACACUCGCAAACACAGAGACGCUCUUGCCAAACUCCAGCGAGAGAGAGAACUCGAGAUCGAGAACCUUCAGGCCAGGCUUCAUCAGUUGGACGAGGAGAACAGCGAGUUAAGGUCGUGUGUUCCCUGUCUGAGAGCCAACAUAGAGAGACUAGAGGAGGAGAAAAGGAAGCUGCAGGAUGAGAUAGACGAUGUCACAGACCGAUUGAACGAAGAAAUGGAAUCUCGCCGGAAGAUGUCAGACAAACUGAGCCAUGAACAUCACACCAAUCAUAAAGAGAAGGAGUGCACGCAGGGGUUGAUAGAGGACUUGAGAAAGCAGCUGGAACAUCUGCAGCUGUUUAAAUUGGAGAUGGAAGCUAAAAGAGGUCGAUCGGCGAGCUCUGGACUGCAGGAGUACAACACGCACAUGAGAGAGAACGAACUGGAGCAGGAGAUACGCAGACUCAAACAGGACAAUCGCAGUCUGAAAGAACAGAAUGAUGAAUUGAAUGGCCAGAUUAUAAAUUUGAGUAUCCAGGGAGCAAAGAGUCUGUUUACAGAGUCUCUCUCCGAGUCUCUCGCCGCUGAGAUCAACAACGUCUCCCGCACUGAGCUGAUGGAGGCGAUACACAAACAAGAGGAAAUCAACUUUCGUCUGCAGGAUUAUAUCGACCGCAUCAUCGUCGCCAUCAUGGAGUCUAACCCCUCCAUCCUGGAGGUCAAAUAAUCACGACACGAGCAGUCAAGAGUGAUUCAUAAACUGUAACAUUGAACAGACCCGGAUAGAAUGUGAAGAAUACUGUGUUGAUCAACACCGCUUUCACAGAAAAAUGAUUUGAUUCUGAUCACUGUCGAUGUGUGUGUGCGUGUGUGUGAGAGACAGAUUGACUGUUGGUUCCUGUGACGUCCCUGUGUUGGGUUCGAGGCACCAUUUCUCUUUCUGCAUUUAUGAUGUGUGAACAUGAAAGAUAUUCAUAGAUUGAAUUUCACAUUAUUUGUGUGCGAGACAUCUACACACAUGCUCAUACGCACAUGUUCAUAUAUAGAUGUGCAGUGUAAAUGUUUUGAGUUAAAUAGCAGUGUAAUUGAAGAUAAACAGUCACACCAUCAGCCCACGUGAGGGACAUUUGCUGACCUGAGGGUUUAUCGUGUGUCUGUUUGACUUGUGACUCUUAACUGAGUUUGAUCCAGAUUUGUUUUAACUUUAGCAGCUUAUAUAUUAGUUAUAUAAUGUAAGUUGUAUAUUCUCAUGUACACGUUGUCUUUAAACUCUUAUUUAUUACGAUGAUGCAGAAUGCAAAGGAUCAAGAAAGAUCACUUUCUUGCUGAGUUGUUGCUGGAUAUCCGUCUACUCUGUCCUGGAGUCAUUCAGAAAGACUUUGAUUUCCUGUACAAAAAGACUCUUAAAAUCUCUUGGAAAUGAGAUUACCUUAAAAACAUUCACUGGAGAAAACCAUUCACUGCACUCCAAUGUUUUAUUCAAAGAGAUUUCUUUACUAUUUAAAUGGUUUAAAAUGUAAAAAGGUUACUCAAAAAGUGAAAAAACGUGUUUUAACGGAAGAUGCAAAAGAAGACACCUGAAGACACAAAUUAGACUUUUCAUAAGCCAGUUUGUUUAUUUCUGGCUGUCAGCACUCUACAGUCAUUUCGUUUCGCUCUCUGUGAAAUUUGGAUGUAAAUAUUAAUCUCAAACAUUUUCUUUAUUUUUGGAUUGCUUCACAUAUUUUUAUGGACAAAAGGAAAGGGAGAUUCUGUUUGAUUUUGUCUUCCACUUGAGUGAUGUUAUGGAUGGACAUCUCUCUCUCAUCUGGCACAAGCAUGCUUCACUUUUACUUUGGGAUUUUGAUACUCACGGCUCGUCAUACUUCCAGUUUUAAAUAAUGAGCGACAGAAUGCUGUCCUCAUGAGAUAUUUAUCUUAUUUUGGAUUGUGAAAGCGCUGCAGCAUUUUUAUUUGUACAAUCACGCUGCUGGUUUUUUUCUUUCUGCUUAUACAAUACUUACACAAAAGUAUUUCAGAUUUGUUGUCUGAUGUUUUGUAAAGGAUGAUGGGGAAUAGAGUUGAGAAGAGUUCUGCUAUCUUCAGUCUUUGACCAAAGGAUCGGACUUUCUCAUCCAAACGGUCGACUGCUGUUCUCGUCUGUACGGCCGAUUUACUGUAUUUACUAUGAUGGACACUUUAAAGUACAGGAACAGUUAUGCCUCUGUGAACUUGCGUCUUGGACUGUCAGAUUCCUUAAUUUCCUUGAAGGAAGAACUGAAUUUACUGCUAUCAAUAUGAUGUUAAACAAAUAAAAAUGUGCACAUUAUUUUACAUUCAA